GGGGGGGGGGAGAGCCAAUGUGUACAUCUCUUCCAAUUGAGAUAAGCGCAUUCUCCGACCCUGGGGGUCUAUUUAUAUCCAGCACAUUCCUCUUACUAUUUUAGCACCGUGCAGGCUACUGGCAGAAAGACAGCCAGAGCGAGUGAGAAGACCGGAGUCCAAGGGAAGCCUGACGUUCUGAAAAUAUUUCUUUUUGGAGGAUCGACGUGAGAGUGAACCGAGGUCCUCAUUUCUGAAAAGCUUUCCAUCAGGUUCUGGAAUCUUCUGAAAAGGUCAGGAAAGGUUCUCAUUCCAUCUGUGCCAAUUACCCAGGGGGACUGGCACUGCCUGCUCAUGUGAUGCUUUCGGUAGGUGCUCUGCUACCAGCCAAAAUGCUUCUGGCACAGCUGGGAUGAAUCCAGAGGAGCCAAGGUGGGGGACGUUUCCACAAGAAGCUCCACUGACAUAUCUCCCACUUCCUACCUGGGCACACUUCUAGUUCUGCCUGCGACCACCAGCACCUCGCCGAGUGCCCCCCUAAGAGGUUCAUAAACGUUCCAGUCACAGCAGUGCUAUGACACAGGAAGAUCCUUCGGCAGAUGGCUUUAUGCGAAUCAGUGACCAGGCCAUGACCGAAAUCGAGCUGCAUUCCGUUGAGUCCAUCAAUGACCUGCACCGACUCAACAACAACCUGGAGCCAACAAAGACGGGAGGGAAGCUGGUGCGGCAGGAGGACAACAGUGGGAGUGGGCCGUUUGCCAAGAAAGUACACCUCUCGCUCAGGCGACCCCGAGAUGUUUGCUGUGCCUACUGUGGUCCUGGGCUCUGCCGUUAUGUGUGGGUGUGGCUGACUGUUAUUCUGGCGUUCGCGGCACUCAGCACAAUCUUCUACUUUUUGGUCCGUCAGAAUGAGUCCAUCCACGCCCUCUCGUUUGCCAUCAAGCAAAGGAAGGAGUUGGUUAAGGAGUUAUCGGCACUGACCAAGGAACUGCAAGAGCUGCGGCACAACCUCACAGCUGACUGGAGUCUACAUGGCACCUGACACCCAUGUUUAAUAAAUGCCCGGGCUGCUCUGUCACACAGAUGUGUUCCCUUCUCUUGGGCUGCCAUUCACCAUGUCUGUAGUAGAAAGCAGAUCUCCAGAUCUUCCAGAAGCUGUUUAGUAAGGAAUGUGUAAGUGAGGUUGGCACACCCAUCUCUUGCCCACACACUGACCCGUCAAAUACUGUGAGACGGCACACUCAGACACGUUCUUGCUUUCUCGGUCAGUACGGUGCUCACCAGAUGAAUAAACUCCUCUUUCUUAUUCA